AUGGAUGAAGUUGGAUAUCAGGAAGCAAUGUAUGAAGAGAUUGUCGUUCUUGUACAGAUGCACAUACAAGUGAAGAACAAAAUGUCACAGAUUGGAAAACCUCCGAAACUUUCGAGAUCUGCAAAAAUAAUACAGAUGACGGAAGAAAUCAACGCCAAAAGAAUUAUGGAAGAAUCUUCUGGAAAUACAGAACGGCCUGAAAGUAUCGACACAUCCAAAAAGGAGAACAUUAUUGACGAUAAAACCUCUUCAGGAGUUUCAGAGACUGAUUGGAAUCUUGAUGAAGAAAUAAUCCAGUAUGCCAUCCACUUCGAGAAGAAAAUCGAAAAUGAAUGUAUCGAAGAUGAAUCUGAGAUAUUAUCUAGUGUACAAAAUCAUAAUGAUCCGCAAAGUGUGAAUAGCAAAGCCAUUCUGGCUGCAAAUCAGGAGAGUGGUGAAGGGUGUUCUUAUGAUUAUGCUGGAGAAGAUACAGGCACUGCCCAACUUGCUGCGUUUGAUGACAAUCUGAAAAAAACAGAUAAUAAAUUUGAAAUGAUUGGGGACAUGAAUAAACCAACAGUCGAAAAUGUCGUCGAUGAACUAUCUGUUCCAGACUGGAGGGACGAUGAAGAAGAAAAUCUUUCUGAUGUGAGUAGUAGAGAUGGAAAUAAUAAAAUGGGUAUUCCAAUAACAGAAUCGGUUGUUGGAAAUAUGAAGGAUGAAUUCCCGGACGAUCCUAUUAUUAGCUUUUACGGCACUGGAGCCAAGGCAUAUUAUGUUCAAUCCUUGAGUAGCGAAUUGAAGAAAGCAAAGGGUGUUUCAAGUCUACAUGAACACACAUACAAACCAUAUGGUUCACCAUCAUUCAAGAACUCGGAUGAAAUAAGGAUCGCCGUCAACUUCCAAGAUUUACUACUCGAUAUUUCAGAAAGUUAUAUCUAUAUUGAGGGAAAAUUCACGCCGAAUGAUCCUACUAAAACAUGUUAUUUAUCCAACAAUGCUUUAGCAUUCCUUUUCGAUGAAAUACGUUAUGAGAUGGGUGGUGAACAAGUAUGUAUGAUUCUAAAACCCGGCAUCACCACAACCAUGAAAAGUAUGAUUUCCCAUAGUGAGGUGAAUGCAAAAUCCUUAGAAACAGUUGGAUGGGGUCUAGAAAAUGGGAAACAGUGUAUUUUAGAUGAAGCUAGCCGCGUGUUUAGCGGUAAGCUACCUCUCAAAUAUCUGAUGGGGUUUGCUGAAGACUAUAAAAAAGCGAUUCUAAAUAUCAAGCAAGAGUUGAUCCUCAUUAUAGCUCGUUCAUUCAAGAAUUCCUACAUGGGAGAAGUUGAUGCCGCAUUGGAGAUUAACAAAAUCGAAUGGAAGAUAAGGCAUGUGGCACCAUCAGAUGAACAGGAAUUGAAGUUGUUGAAUCGUUUGAAUAGGAGCACCACUGCAAGAGUAAAAAUUGCGUACAGGAUGUGGGAUCUUUAUGAGCUACCAACAAUCCGUGAAACAGCUUCCGAUAUUUGGGCCGUUAAAACAACCAAUAGUCUCGAGCGACCGCGAUUUAUCAUCAUAGGAUUCCAAAACUCCUCGAACACAGAUGACAGGUCUAAGGAUGUCACACAGUUCACCCAUGAAGGAGUUAACAAUAUUCGACUGUAUCUGAAUUCGGAAGUUUAUCCAUACGAACGAUGGAACUUGGAUUUCGAUAAGAAAUUGGAUGCGCAUGAGGAUGUUAUCAUCACACAAACUGGGAGGAAACUAAAUAGUCCACAUGAGAAUAUCUACAACUUUCAGUUAUAG